AAAUUUUAGAUUCUUUUCUCUAAACAGACAUCACAGUGACAGUAUUUUGUGCAGUAUUUUGUGGGGCAAUCACAAUAUAUAAAAUAAAUGUAAUAUAUAUAUAACAUAUUAAGUGUAAUCAACUAGAAAACAGGACUCUCCUGAAACAGUAGUUUCCACCAGGUGGCUCUCCUAACUAGGUCUCUGCUUUGAUGACUGCCCUCAGUCAGCACAUAUUCCUGAAGUAAGACAGAAAAGGCAGCAGUGUGUUGAUUCUUCAUUCUUAAGGGUCGUCCAAAUAGAGUUAUCCUUAAACAGAAGUGCGGGGCACUUUUUCUCCUAAAAAGUAGAUACCACGCAGUGAAAGUACAAAGUAGGCCAACUCAACUGACCAUAUCUACAGCAGCUGACCACAUUAUAACACCUUUAAAACCCAGUCACACAAACAUACUAAUCACCAAACCGUCAUCAGCUCAUCAGUCAUCAUCGUCUUUUUACAUGUCAAACCUUCACACAGCUCUGCUGCAUCGCCUGCAUGUGACUGUAACUGUCUGACCACAGAGGUGAGUGCUCCCUUUGUUUGCUAAGCUGCCCGAAACAAGUGGGGGGGGGACUAAUCUCAUGGAAUAUGCAAAACUGCAAACAGCACAGAGGUUUCAUAAAGGAGCAGGGAGGUUUUAGGUGAGUCGAUAGAGAAAGGGCAAUGUCUUCCACUUUUUUAGUCUGAUGCCACCGAUAAGACUUUGUUAAUAUAACAUGGUUGAAUAACCAAGAAGUAGCGGAUGGAGGAGUGAUCCCGCCACCAGGAAAGAAAAAAAAUAGUGGAUCAGACCAAGUGAACACUUGAACGUGUCGUAAUUGGUGGAAGGACACGGGUGUGGUUAUCCUCACUGCCCACCCGAGUCACCUGUUGGAGCGGUGAUCAGAGAUACACUCAUAGUUCAGUACUUGAACACAGAUCCGCAGUAAAGCAAUGGAUCCAACAAGCGCUCCAAAAGGAUGUGGUGCCAGCAUCAGCUCCAUAUAUUACAACCUGUGUGACCUAACUAAAGUGUGGGGGGUCGUGGUAGAAGCUGUUGCUGCUGCUGGUGUGGUGACUUCCUUCAUCCUGUUUGUCAUUCUCAUGGCCUCUUUACCCUUUGUGACCGACAAGAAGAGAAAGGGGAUGGUGGUCUUACAGGCCUGCAUUUUAGUCUUCACACUGGGACUCUUUGGACUUACUUUUGCCUUUAUUGUGGGCCCUUACUCCACCAGUUGUACUGCACGGAGGUACCUGUUUGGAGUACUGUUCUCGGGCUGUCUAGCCUGUCUGGUGAUGCAUGGGCUGUGGCUGGCCCUACUGCAGCGAAGGGGCCGGGGGCCCAGGAGCUGGAUGUUAUGCCUGGGUGCCCUAGGUCUCUGGCUUGUCGAGGUGAUCAUUAACACUGAGUGGCUUAUCAUCACUGUGGUCAGAGGUGGCUUUGUCCCCGACUUGUCUUGCAACAUUGCCAACCAGGACUUUGUGAUGGCCCUCAUCUAUGUGAUGGUUCUGCUGCUGACUGUAGUGCUGAUGGCUGUGCCGUCUCUAACGCACAAGCAUAAGCAGUGGCGUCGAGAUGGAGCUUUAAUCCUGGUCACAGGACUCUUCACAGUGGCUAUCUGGGUAACGUGGAUUGUCAUGUAUGUCCACGGAAACAGAGUCUCUGGGAACCCCAGCUGGGACGAUCCGACUUUGGCUGUGGCUGUGGUGUCAAAUGCAUGGGUGUUCCUCCUUCUCUACACAAUUCCAGAAAUCUGCUUACUGACACAUGAGGACACCGACCAGGAGCAGCCCCACGACGGAGAUGUCUAUCCUGCCAGGAGUCUGGUUUAUGACACUAUCCUUAAGGAGCCCGACAUAACCCACCAGGGUGUUUACAUGGAGAACAAAGCCUUUUCUAUGGACGAGCCUCGAACAGUAUCCACUAAGCCGGAGUCUCCAUAUGGUGCCUACAAUGGUCAGUUACGAAGUUGUGUAUAUCAGCCCACCGAAUUAGCCUUGAUUGCCAAAGGUUUGACAAGGAUGGACCAAGACAUAAUGACACCUCGAGUCACAGUCCCCAGUGUGAAUCCACAAAGCAGCAGCUCCCUGCCUUGUUCAGCUGGGUCCUUAUCAUCUUAAGGACUGCCACAGGUUGGCAGACUGAGUUGACAGCACAGUGCACCGUCUCCUACAUACAUGGUUGUUACUGCUAUUAACUAAAUAUCUAUCAUGGGUGUGUUCUUGAGGUUUCAGGUAUCAAUUUUGUCAUUCUUGAGACGAUGCUUUCAGUUAGAGUAAACAUGGUGCAUCGUGAUUAACUACAUACAGUGGGGGAAAUAAG